UUGUCUAUGGUUCCCUUUAACUGUGUGCUGUCAAUUGCCAUCGUUAUCAUAAUUUCAAUGAAUUUUUCAGAUUAUUUUCCUAAUAAAUAAAAUAAAUGGAAUAAAACUCGUUAGAAGAAGACAGCAAAUUCUUUGGUUUGGUUAGGGUGAAAUCUAUAAGAAUGCAGUUCACGUCAGAAGAAGCUUACGCGCGUCUCAUUAGCCACAACAUGACUGUACCACAAAGAAUCAAGGCGACUGGUGAUAUAGUAGAUGAUGACAACGCACCAAAUGGACUGGUAACUGGCUGGGACUAUGCUAACGAGAAAUUCGAUAUGAAAGUUCCAGAACGAAUACUUGUGGUUGGACAGGACCAACACGUAGGCACAAAAGCGACACCUAGAGAAAUUCAGCUGGAUAAUGCAGUGUUGCCUACUGAUCCUGGGAUGAUCCGUGUGAGCACUCCUCCUCGUGUGAUUACUCUUGAUCAACAUUACUUUCCAUCAGCUGACGAUUUUCCUCAUGGAAUUCCACAUUCUCCACCAAGGAAUAUAAGGACAGUUCGCUCUCAGGGUGAUGGAGCUCGCUCCACACCUCGUCCAGAGAACUUCAAUGAGUCUACUAUGACAGAGUCUCGACUUGUACUGAGAGAACCAACUCCUCCAAUGGGUAAUGGCGAAGGGCUCUCUACUAGUGAAGAAAUGGUGCAUCUGCGACGGCAGAUUGUCAAGCUGAACAGAAGAGUGAUGGCCAUAGAAGCCGAGCAGCUACAGAGGCAGCAAAAGGAAAAGAUAGCUUAUGCUAUUGGCCUUGCCUAUUUGUUGUUCAAAGUUAUUGCUUGGCUCAACAGAUCUUAAUUCAGACAAGAAGCUAAGAUAAUAUAUAAGAUGAAGUACCUAUUUAAUAUAAUUGUUGACUUCAUGAAAUUAUCUGGGUUAUGUCCAUUUUAUAAAUGGCAUGUAAUGUAGAAAUGUCACGUCCCGAUGUAGACAUUAAUUUGAAGGUGGAAGUGUGAAUUCUUAAAGCAUUAUUUAGUAGCAUUUAGGUAACUUUUUUAUAUUGUUGUACAUUUCUGUAAUUUCCUGUACAGUGAACUUGAAUUUCCAAUAUACAUAGUUUUGUUCCUUAACAUUUCUUCUAUGUUUAUUGUUAGAAGUGACAUGACCUUUCCCUUAGAAUAGAUAUGGGUCAUUUUUAUUUAAAUAAAUGAUAGAUUCAA